GCCUAUUGCACAGUAUGUGCUUUGACGUGAGUGAAAUGGAUGUGUGGAGGACUCUGCCUCCGUGCAUGCAUUUGGCUUUGCUCUUUUUCUUCAUGCAUUUUGAAAGUGUGUCAACUUUCGAGCUUACAUUGCUACACACCAACGAUGCUCACGCUCGGAUUGAGGAGAAUAGUAGAGAGUCGGGUAAAUGUAGCCCAGGAAGUCCUUGUUUUGGCGGAGUGGCCAGGAGGUUCACAAAAAUAGCAGACAUCCGGAGCAAAGAACGGAAUGUGUUAUUGCUGGAUGCUGGCGAUCAGUUUCAGGGUACUGUCUGGUUCAACUACUACAAAGGGGAGGAAGCUGCGUAUUUCAUGAACAAGCUUGGAUAUGAUGCGAUGGCAUUUGGAAACCAUGAGUUUGACAAUGGAGUGGAGGGCCUGCUCCGCCCUUUUCUGCAGAAGGUGAACUUCACUGUUCUCAGUGCCAACAUCAAGGCAGAUGCAACACUCGCCCCAACUAUCAAUGGUUACUAUCAACCCUACACAACAUUCAUGAUGGGUUCUGAAAUAGUGGCUGUGGUAGGUUACACCUCAGUGGAAACUCCAGUCUUAUCCUUACCAGGUCCACACCUGAUCUUUGAGGAUGAGAUUAAAGCCUUGCAGGUCCAGGUGGAUAAACUGAUCACUCUUGGUUACAAUAAGAUCAUCGCCCUUGGUCACUCUGGAUUUGACGUGGAUAUAGACAUCGCCAAGCGAGUGAAAGGCGUGGACCUGGUCAUCGGCGGACACACCAACACUUUCCUCUACACAGGGAGUGUCCCAUCUUCAGAGGUGCCGACGGGUCCCUACCCCUUCAUGGUGAGGUCUGAGGACGGGAGAGAUGUCCCUGUGGUACAGGCUUUUGCCUUUGGGAAGUACCUGGGAUACCUCAAGUUGGUCUUCGAUAAAGCUGGGAACGUGCUGAAGGCGAAUGGGAAUCCCAUCCUGCUGGACAGCAGCAUAGCCCAGGAUCCAGGUAUCCUUGCUGAUGUUGACGAGUGGAAGAAGAACUUGGCCCAGUACUCGUCUCAGUACGUGGGGAAAACCCUGGUGUAUCUCAAUGGAACCUUCAAUGAGUGCCGGUUCCGAGAGUGCAACCUGGGGAACCUCAUCUGUGACGCAAUGAUUCAUCACAAUAUCAAGUAUGCAGAUGAGAUCCAGUGGAAUCACGUCAGUUUAUGCAUCCUGAACAGUGGAAGCAUAAGGACAGGAAUAGAUGAAAGUCACAAAAAUGGCACCAUCACCAUGGAGGAAGUUAUAUCAGUCUUACCAUUUGGGGGAACUUUUGAUCUGGUGCAGUUGAAGGGAUCAACCUUGAAAAAGGCAUUUGAAAACUCUGUCCGAAGAUACGGGAGCAGCAGAGGAGAAUUUCUUCAAGUUUCAGGAAUCCAUGUUGAAUACGACCUGUCACGGUCGGUGGGGGACCGUGUGAUGUCCUUGAGCCUCCGCUGCUCUCAGUGCCGUGUGCCCAGAUACGAAUCUCUGGACCCAGACAGGCUGUACAAGCUGGUCCUACCAUCCUACAUCGCAGACGGAGGAGAUGGUUUUACCAUGAUUAAGGAGGAGAAACUGAAACAUGACACUGGUGAUCUGGACAUCUCGGUUUUCGCCAACUACAUCAAGGAGAUGAAGAGGGUGUACCCAACUGUGGAGGGCCGCAUCAAGUUCAGAAACUCAUCCGUGGCGGCUGGGGCCAACUGUCUGACUUUGUUACUGCUAGGCCUGAUGUGGGCCCUGUCCACAAGUUUAUGAGAGAUUAUUUCCAGAAGAUCACAAUAUGGCAGGUUUCUGUGGUGAUGUGACACAAAUGUCAAUUUUUCUAAAAUGGCUGCUGUUUAUGAGAAAGAGUAUUAUACUAUUUCAAGAAAUAAUGUAUUUAUAUUUGCAUUACUACAGUAUAUUUUAAUGCAGGGUAGCCUAGUGGGGUGGCAGGGUAGCCUAGUGGUUUGAGCAUUGGACUAGCAACCGUAAAGGUUG